AUGCAAAGAAGGACCCUCUCCUGGGCUCAAGAAACCAGCGCCGAGGAAAUUUAUCAGCAGGUCCUGAAGCAGAACCCCAGCUUCAACAUCUCUGAUUUUUCUGGAUUUGGUUCCUCUGUUACUGAGGAUGCUGAGGAGGAAGACGCAAAGGUUGAUCAAGAAACUGGAACUUCCAAACGUGCAACUAACAUCAAGGACAAAGUCAUUUGUUCUGAAAACAAGUGUUAUUUCGGUUCAUGA